AUGGAGGCCGCCCCGACCCCGAACCCGAACCCGGCGGGCACGGGUGGGUCGAGACCCGCCCGGCGCCUGCCGGUCGCCCCGGAUUCCGAGGCUGCGGCGGCGCGAGAUCCGAACAAAUCGCCUCGGCCCAUCUACUACAGGAGGGAUGUGCUGCGCAACUUUACCGCGCUGCUUCGACACACUAAGCUCGGUCAUCUUCGCGGGUUGGGUCUGAAAGAACACACAUCGGAAUGGCCUCGAAUCGACUUCAAGCUCCAGCACGUGUUCGGCGAGUGCAUGGAGCCCGGGUCGGCGUGGUACAAGUGCCUGAACAACGACGACCGGGUUUUGGAUUUCUUCCACGCGGUCCUGCGGCUCGCCUCGGACAACGUGAUCGAGGACGUGGAGAAGGCUCGGCCGCUUAUGCGCCUCCUCUUCCGCGCGGACGAAAAGCAGUCUUACACCGUGAAUGGCGAGAUACUCGAAAAGCUGGGGUGCUCGUACGAAGAACUCAGGAGGCUGCUGAUAUCGUCCCCGGGGGGGCCCAGGUGCGAGAGGGUGCCCCUCCCCGGCGCACCCGAGGGGGCGCUGGCGCCGAUCUUGGUUCCCAACCCGCCCGAUGUCGAACCCGAGACCGAGGAGGAAAAGGCGAAAAAGGGCAGACGACGCGGUUGGUCCACGAAGGAGCAGAGGCUCAGGGCGAUCCAGCGGGGUAUCGUCACCGACAGGGGCCUGGUGAACGAGAAAGGCGAGCUGCGGCCGCACCUGCUCGCGCCGAUGCCGAUGUUGCCGCACUUCGGGGGACACGACGCGGCCGUGCAGAGGCAGAGGAUGAACAUUCACGCCACCGCGUUGGCGGCGCUGAUAUCGAGGCUAGAGUGGAAAGGAGAGGAGAAGAAACGCUCGAAAAAGCGGGCGGUGAGCGACGCGGACGUGCCCGUCACCGUGGACAUGGGUCGGCCAAAGCCGGGAUUGGAGGCUUUCAAGCGCCCAAAGCAGAUGUCGGGCCCCAGGAACGGCAUGAGCGGCAUGAGCGGCAUGGGCGGCAUGGGCAACUUUCGCCCGAUAAUGCCCUUGGGGCCGUUUCCGCCGACGAUCAUGUCGUCGCUGUGGCCCCACGUGCAGGGCACGCGCGUGCUGCCGCCGACGGUGUACGUGCCGGGGGUGCCGGGGGUGCAGCAGGUUGGGAGAAUACCCCUGCCGCCGCGUAACAUGCCGAUUGACACGUGGAGCGACAGCGGGUCGCUCGGGAGCGUGGACAGUCAGGCGCUAAACUCCAUCAUGAAGGAUCUGGAGUUCAUCGAGGAGACCCUGGCGCAUGAGAGGGCCCAGCCCACGGCUGUGAUCACGUAG